AUGUCACAGAAACUGGGCCAUACAGGGUUAGCAUUUGCCAGGAUUUGGCAUCAUGUGGAUUUGGCCAAAGAUAGAAGAUCGUUGGGCAGAAUCGCUUCGAGCAUCGCCGUCACACUAAUUGGGAAACACAAGCCCGUAUACCACCCAAGCAUGGAUUGUGGGGAUUAUGUGGUGGUGACCAAUGCACAGAAUAUUGUGGUUACUGGUAAUAAAUGGCAGGACAAGAACUAUUGGUCUCAUAGCGGUAAACCUGGCCAUUUGAAGCUUAGGUCGAUGGAAACGGUGGUUGCAAACAAGGGCUAUGGUGAGAUAUUGAAGAAGGCCGUCAGUGGUAUGCUUCCCAAGAAUAGACUGCGUAAGUUACGAUUAGCGAGGCUAAAAGUGUAUGACGGUAGCGAACACCCAUAUAAGGAUAAUAUUACCGCGUUUGUGGAUGACCAAGUCCAGGUCAAUGACAAAGCGGAUCAAUGA